CGUGCGAGUAGAAUCCAAAAGAAUGGCAGAGAAGGAGCUGUGCAUUCGAUUGAAGCAGUCGACGAUGCUCUUCUGCUUAAUCCGUGCAGCAGCAGUCCUCAUCUUUCUCUUCUUGUUCAUAGAAGCCGCCAACCACAGAUCUAGAUCAAGGGGGAGGGGAUCACGGUGGUGGAAUAUUGCUUAUUCUGAAGAGAUUUCGAACUUUGUAGUGGACUUUCACAGAACUAAUACAUUAGUUGGAAGGGGUUUUGCCCCUCACACUCUACUCCGGAAGAAGCAAAGGCGACUGGUGAGGGAAAAUCCAGGCGCCAUGACAGCCAUCGGCAGAGGAGUGCGAUUAUCUAUUUCCGAAUGCAAACAUCAGUUUAAAAAAAGAAGGUGGAAUUGUCCAACAAUUGAUUACACAAGGGGUAGAAAUAUUUUUGGAAAGAUUGUUCAAAAAGGUUGCCGAGAAACAGCCUUUCUUUACGCAAUAACAAGUGCAGGUGUCACGCAUGCUAUGGCUCGAGCAUGCAGGGAAGGCUUGGUCACUUCUUGUAGCUGUGAUUACAAACGUCGCGGUCCCAGUGGCUUGGACUGGGAAUGGGGAGGUUGCAGUGAUAACAUUGAAUUCGGAUCCAAAUUCACAAAACAGUUUGUAGGUGCUGCAGAACGAGGUAAAGAUUUGAGGUUUACAAUGAACCUGCACAACAACGAAGCUGGAAGAACGCAUGUCGCAGCUGGCAUGCGAAGGCAAUGUAAAUGCCAUGGAAUGUCAGGAAGCUGCACUGUCCAAACUUGCUGGAUGCAAUUGCCACCUUUCCGAGCUGUAGGAGACGGACUGAAAGAUAGGUUUGAUGGUGCCUCGAGGGUUCUUGUCACCAACCGGGGAAAUGUCCGUAGAAGAGCACUCUUCAAGCCAUACCACCCAGAACACAAACCACCAUCCAAAAAAGAUCUCGUCUACUUUGAGAACUCACCAGAUUUCUGCUUUCCAGACUCGAAUCUCGGCCACCGAGGAACUUUGGGCAGGAUCUGCAAUGCAUCUUCCAUCGGGGUCGAUGGAUGUGACCUCAUGUGCUGUGGUCGGGGCCACAAGGCGGAGCACAGAGAGGAAACGAGUAGGUGUAACUGUACUUUUCACUGGUGUUGUCAAGUUGAGUGCAGGACUUGCAAGACGAGGCGUUUAGUUCAUUCGUGCCUGUGAAGGAAUUCCAAUAUUUAUGCAUUCCAACUCUCUGAAGUGCCAUGAACGGGAAUCUUUAUAAGAUUAAAUGUCAGCUCAUUUUACGAGUUUAAGAACGUCUUCCAGUCGAACCCCACACAUGAUAUGCUUAGAUUGACCCGAUAUAUCUGCAAUACAUCGCAGUAUUACUUGUAUGUUAUUUCGUGCUAGUAAAAAGAAAUAAGUUUCGAAGUUGAAAUAGUGAAAAAAAAAGAAGAUAUUUUUUGCACACAGUUACGUGAUUGCGCAUAUAAGUGGUGAAAAAAAAAAUGAGAAUGUACCAUUACUGUGCGAUAAUUUCAUCGAAGUUACGAAUGUGGUUUUAGAAAUUCUUGCUGGGUUGUUAACGUGGAAAGGCUAAGACAUGAUAAAAUAUGUCAAGCCUAAUUUUAGUGAAUCAGUGAUAAUAAGUUUUACAAUGGACAGAAACAUCAAGAAAAUAUUCAUGAAACAUUUUCCUCAGACAAACCUUUUAUUUAAAGCUGUUCUUUUUCGUCUCAUAAAAUAACACAUUUUAGGAUUUUUAUGCUAUUUUUAUUACUGUUGUGAUUUUGUAAGAGGGAUUCAUGGCAGUUAGGCUAAGUUUUGUCGAGUUAGCAGCCUUUAUACUGAUAUAAAAAUGAAACAAACUGUCAGUCUAAAGAGCUGUCAUGGUUUUUUGAAAUUAAAAAGUGUUUGUAAUUUGAUUUUUUUAAUAUUCGGAAAAUUAUUAUCAAGGUGCAUUUUCUAGAUUCAUAAGAAAAUAUAAGGACUAUGAGUUGUUUAUUAGUAAGGUGGUUUUUCGGACAGUCUGACCGUCAUAUGAAAUAAUGAUAUUUUGCCUACAUAUAAUAGGCUAUUUUUAUAACUGAUAUGGGUUUACAACGGUUAUUCAGGACAGUUAGAUCAAAUAUAGCCUAUCUCCAUCCAGCAAUCUCUGUGAUAAUUCUGAAAAUGACGCAAAAAGUCAACAUAAAGAAAAUCCACAGUUUCGUGAAAAGGGAAAGGGUUAGGGAUGUAAUUGUUUAGUAUUUAGGAAAGUGCUACAACGCUGCAUUAUCUGAAAUUCUAAAAAUUUGCGAAAAUUGAAAAUUAUUUCUCAGUUUUAAAAAUUGUCAUCUAGGUGAAAAACUCACCAAAUUUGAAAUUUUUGGUGAAAAAAAAUUGAACUCUUAAAAUAUUUAACAUACCUGUAUGUUCUAAAGCGCAAAUAAUUUUUCACGCUAUGAUGGUUUGUGCAGCCUAAAAUUAUAGCUAUGCUUCAAAGCACUGUGUUAAAAACUUCGGCUUUUUUUAUUAUUUUAUUUUCCUUGGCGAAAAGCUUAAGAAAAAAAAGGAAAAAAAAACACAGUUGAUGACUACAAGAAGGUGAAAAAUUGUGUCAAAUGUUUGCGUUUUUCCUUCGUUUUUGUAAAGUUUAAUAAUUUUCCAAAUAUUUAAACUACUUUUCUUUUUAAAUCCAGAUUAUAGAAUACAGGCAACUAGAGAAGAAAAGAAGUCAUUAUGAUCAGAUUUAAUUGGAUGCCUGCAAGUGACGUCACGCAUACGUGAUUGAUUAACUUUAAAUGCCACGAUUUACCAGCGAUGACGUCACUUGCACACAUCCAAUUUCUUUGCAGCAAUGGGCAUUUAGUUUAAAAUUGCAACUUUGAUUUAGUUUAAGGUAUUUACUUAAAGUUUGGCUUUUUAAAUUUUUCGUGGAGAAAGAGUACCUGAAAACGCCCAUGAAUGAUCUGACUGAUUAAAUAAACCUUCAAAUAAUGACAAUUGAUUGCAACAUGUGCUUUUACACCCAGAAAGGGGUAAGUUUUCGCAACAUUGCUUAACAUGUUUCUCAACUAAGAAUUUUAACAAGCAUACAAACAAUUUGAAGAACAAAGAAAAAAAAUGUUUUUUUUCCUUGAUAGAUUAUGUUUACAUUGAAAUAUUUAUUGUAAUUAAAUCAGGUUUCCCGAUAGUAAAGUUUAAAAUGACUAUAUUAAGAAAAUGGAAAACAUGAGUAAACAGCUAGACUAUAGUAGCUAUCUCACUUUUGUUUAUUGAGAAAAAAAAUGUAUUUGAUGUAUUAUUGUAUUAUAACAAUGCAAUGUAAAAUGUAUUUGAGUUGAGUAUUUGUUACUGUAGAGAAUACAAUGUUAUUUUUAUAACUGAGUUACUAUUUUUUCAGACAUAUAGUUUUGGUCGUAAUUUAUCUCUUUACAGCAAUUUCGCAAAAUACUAUUUAAAAAAGAAUUAUAAUCAAAAGAUUGUGUGUUUUUGUGUGUUUUACAAAAAAUGUGAUAUAAAUGUUUUGAUUUUAUGUAAAAUAAAUGACUUGUG